AGAAGAAAGAUUUCCCUUUUUCAUUUGGACUGAAGAUUAUUGGCACCUUCAGAGCAAAAUUAAAAUUAGCAUUUUUUCCUAAAAUCUAGUAUUUAUUUAAAAAUCUCGAAGGAUACAUAAUUGUAACGCAUUUACGCAGAUAUCAUGAAGUGGUUCGCUGGCUUAGCAUUUUGCCUCGUAGUCGGCUUGGCUUAUUCUGAAGAAGACGUUGCGUAUUUAUCCAACUAUUAUUGCUACCUUGAUAAAGUGUUUCAAUAUAAGGCGAAUGCAGAACUCGGUGGAGGCUGGUGCCAACAUAAACCGAAAAUCGCAAAAUAUCAAAUACAGGCCGCUGAAGAAUGUCAAACAGGAUUUGCUGAUGCAGCAAGGAAAUAUUAUGACAAUUUGAGUGUAGUAUGCAGUGUGGAUUUAGAAAAAGGUUUGGAAGGAAACUGUGCAUCUGAAAUGUUUACUGAUCCUGGAGCUGAAUGUUACUUGGAUUACUUUACAGAAUUAAAGAAAACUGGCACAAAUACAGUUGAUCCAGUAGCCAGGGAAAGAUUUUUGUGCAAACACUUUGAUAAAAUUAUGGCCUGCCAUUACAAAAAAAUUGCACAGAAGUGCAAGAAAGACUACCCAGUUUUUCUUCAAGUUAUGGAUCCUUACAGAGAACUACAACACAGUAUUUGUGCAAUUCUUCCUUCUGAUUCUUAAAAUUGUCGAUAUUGUCAAAGUUAAAUAAAUAAAAAAGUUAGUACUAAA